UGUUAUCUAUCCCUAUCCCUAUCUUUCUACAAUCUAUACUCUGAAGUGAAACCUCAAACCUCUCACAACUCAGAAACAGCUAUGUCUCCAGGUCCCGUUGUUGACGCAGCAGUCCCUGAGGUUGAACCAGAGCAACAACUUCCCUCUGUUGAUGAAGCAACCCUCAAAAAGAAACAUCACCCGCAGGAGGACGAUGCUCCCGUUGUUGAGGACGUGAAGGAUGAUGACAGAGAUGAAGCCGAUGACGAUGAAGAAGACGAUGACGAUGACGACGAUGAUGACAAGGAAGACGGUGCUCUAGGUGCUUCUGACGGUUCAAAGCAGAGCAGAAGUGAGAAGAAGAGUCGGAAAGCAAUGUUGAAGCUCGGACUGAAACCUGUCACUGGCGUUAGUAGGGUCACAAUCAAGAGAACAAAAAAUAUUCUUUUUUUCAUCUCAAAACCUGAUGUCUUCAAGAGUCCAAAUUCUGAGACCUACGUCAUAUUUGGGGAGGCUAAGAUAGAGGACUUGAGCUCUCAGUUGCAGAAUCAAGCUGCUCAGCAGUUCAGGAUGCCAGAUAUGGGAUCUGUAAUGGCGAAACCAGAUCAAGAUGCUGCAGCUCCAGGAGCACCGGUUGAUGAGGAAGAAGAGGAGGUUGAUGAAACUGAUGUGGAGCCCCACGACAUUGAUUUGGUCAUGACACAGGCCGGAGUGUCAAGAAGCAAGGCUGUCAAGGCUCUCAAGACUCACGGCGGGGACAUUGUCAGUGCCAUCAUGGAGCUCACUACUUAAUCGGUCUUCAAGUUUUAUUUGUAUCUCUUUCUUUUGGAAUGAAUUUGGUACUAGUUCAUCGUUCAAGUUACUGUAGUCAUACCAUAUCAACUUGUGAGCCGCGUCUAUAUGUUUGGGUUUACUUCAUAAUUUUGUUGCUUUUUCCGAAAAUUCUGGGGCGUCAUUAUGAUUACAUUAUUGUUUUGUUCAGUUUAAUUUUGUUUUGUUUUUGUUUUUUUUGUCAAAACAACCUUCUAUGA